ACGCAUCUCUCAGAUAGAGAGAAGAUUGUAUUCGGGGAAAGAAAGAGAAAUGGGAAAGGGAAAACUUGUCCCUCGGCUACUUGUUGCGGUGCUGUUUCUGAUCGCCUGCUGUUCAUUGCAGCAGCUUUCCGCUUCUGACGAUCAUACGAUCUUUUACGAGUCAUUUGACAAGCCGUUCGAAGGCAGUUGGAUCGCAUCUGACAAAGCAGACUAUCAAGGUGUGUGGAAGCAUUCAAAGAGUGAGGGACAUGAUGAUUACGGGCUUCUUGUGAGUGAGAAGGCCAGGAAGUAUGCCAUAGUUAAAGAGCUUGAUGAGCCUGUGAAUCUCAAGGAUGGAACUGUUGUCCUCCAAUUUGAGACUCGGCUCCAGGAAGGGCUUGAAUGUGGUGGUGCAUAUCUCAAAUAUCUUCGACCACAGGAGGCUGGAUGGAAACCUAAGGAAUUUGACAAUGAGUCUCCUUAUACCAUAAUGUUUGGACCCGACAAAUGUGGGGCCACAAACAAGGUUCACUUCAUUUUUAAGCAUAAGAAUCCCAAGACUGGGGCGUACGUUGAACACCACCUCAAGUACCCAGCGUCUGUCCCCUCAGACAAGCUAUCUCACGUGUAUACUGCCAUUUUCAAACCUGACAAUGAGUUGCGGAUUCUGAUUGAUGGGGAGGAGAAGAAGAACGCAAAUUUCCUUUCAGCUGAAGAUUUUGAGCCUCCGCUAAUUCCUGCCAAGACGAUUCCUGAUCCAGAUGAUAAGAAGCCUGAGGAUUGGGAUGAGAGAGCGAAAAUUCCAGACCCCAGUGCUGUAAAACCAGAUGAUUGGGAUGAGGAUGCACCCAUGGAAAUUGAAGACGAGGAAGCUGUGAAACCUGAAGGAUGGCUAGAUGAUGAGCCCGAGGAGAUAGAUGAUCCUGAGGCAACAAAACCAGAAGACUGGGAUGACGAGGAGGAUGGUGAAUGGGAGGCCCCAAAGAUUGAUAACCCAAAGUGUGAGACAGGUCCUGGUUGUGGUGAAUGGAAGAGGCCCAUGAAGAGGAAUCCAGCUUACAAGGGAAAAUGGAAUGCCCCACUUAUUGAUAACCCCAACUACAAGGGUAUUUGGAAGCCUCAGGAGAUUCCAAACCCUGACUACUUUGAACUUGAAAAACCUGAUUUUGAGCCUGUUGCUGCUAUCGGAAUUGAGAUUUGGACAAUGCAAGAUGGCAUUUUAUUUGACAAUAUCCUGAUUGCGAAAGAUGAGAAGACUGCUGAGUCAUACCGGGAGACCACUUGGAAGCCAAAAUUUGAAGUUGAGAAAGAGAAACAGAAGGCUGAAGAUUUAGCUACUGGUUCAGAUGGUCUUGUAGGCUUCCAGAAGAACGUAUUUGAUGUCCUGUACAAGAUUGCGGAUAUUCCCGUUUUAGGUGCAUACAAGGUUAAGAUACUUGAUCUCAUUGAGAAGGGAGAGAAACAGCCAAAUCUCACGAUUGGCAUUCUUGUUUCUGUCGUGCUUGUCAUCUUCACGAUUCUGUUUAAGGUCAUUUUUGGUGGGAAGAAGAAUGCAAGAGUGGAAAAGAAAAAUACAGGUGUUGCCGAGACUUCUAAUAGUCAAGGAAGCAGCGGAGAAAAGGAGGAAGAGGAAGAGGAAGAGAAAGAGAAAGAGAAGGAAGAUACUGCUGCUCCUCGUCGAAGGUCAGCCCGACGUGAAAAUUAAAACGAUUAAAGGUGGAGUCUAGUUGUUGUCACUCUCACUUUUGGUAAUUUUGGAGCUUAGUUGUUUUUAUAGGCCUAUUCUUGAUUGGUCAUAGACCUUUUUGGCUUUGUUUUGAAUAUUAAAUGCACGAAGAGUGUAAAUCUGAUAAUCUAUCAGGAUGUGAUAUUUCCUUUCCUGCUUCCAAGUAGAAAUUAAUUCACCAAGUGAAGGAUUUUGAA